GUCUAAUUCGUAUUUUGUCUCAUUCGAAUCGAAUUGUAUUAGUACUUUUUAAACAUACCUUUUUACCAACUGUAAUUGCAUUUGUAACCCGAGAUGUCCGCUUCGAACUCGCAAGGAAUUCACACUCUGCUGGAAGCCGAGAAGGAGGCGUCCGCGAUAGUCACACAGGCGCGCGAAUAUCGCGUAAAGCGCCUGAACAACGCCCGCAAAGAUGCGGCCGAGGACAUCUCCAAGAUUCAAGCGCGCAAGGCCCGCGAGCUCGAGGAAAUCCAGAAAAAGAGCGUCAACCAGACUGAGCUGACAGAGAGCAUCCAGAAGGAGACGGACGAGCGGAUGGUCACGAUCAGAGAGCAGUUUGAGAAGAACAAGCAGGCUGCAGUAGCCAAAAUUAUCGAGGCCGUGGCCACCGCCGAUGUCGCCAGCGCAUAGACGGCGUGCGUGCGUGCGUGCGUGACGUGUACUCCAUUGGCUAUUUUUUAUCAAGGAACUCAACAAGAACAAUAGCGAGAUCAUUGUAUUCUGAACCAAAAUAACAAACGAAGCUGAAUGUAAUUUUCAUAUGCGUGUUAUUAUCCGCGCGCUUGGCCCUGCCAGCCGCCCAGCAAAAUGGAACACCGGAUUUAAUGAUUUAAUUUCACCUAACGUAAACCCAAAAGGCUUGGAGCACAGCUUCGAGUGCCAAAUGCCAGUCCAAAACACACGCGUGUUCACAUCCAUUUUCACACUCAUCACCACAACUUUGGCUGGUACUUGUGGUUUUUCAGAGAGCUGGGGGGGGGCAGGGGCAGCAAGCAGAAAAGCAGACAAGGGCACAACACCACAGAGUAAAUGCAAGCAGAAGCAAAGUGCCGACCAGCAAAUUGCAGCACGCACG